AUGGGAAAACGCAGUCACGAGUCCGGCGACCAAAAGCCGUCCAAGAAGUCAAAGUCCGACAAGCCCAAGUCUGACAAGUCCGAGAAAGCCUCCAAGCCCAAGAAGACCGAGGACGAGAAGACGGCAUCCUACACUGAAGCUGAUGCUCUCAGCCAGCUGCCUCAAUCCGAGAUUGACGCUUUCUUGACUGAGCAUGUGAUCAAAGUCACUGAUCCCUCGCCCGAUGCACCCAGCUUCCGCCCACUCCUUUCCUUCGAUCAUCUGCCCGAAUGCGAUGCUGCCGUGCUCGCUCACCUAAAGGCUUUCCCCAAGCCGACACCCAUUCAAUCAUCUACUUGGCCUCUGCUGUUUUCUGGUCGCGAUGUGAUUGGUAUCGCAGAGACUGGAAGUGGAAAGACCCUGGGCUUCGGUCUGCCCUGCCUCAAGAAGCUGCUGGACUCUAAGCCAAGCAAGAACCCUUGCCAACCUAGAGCCGUCAUCAUCUCCCCAACUCGUGAGCUUGCCAUGCAGAUCUAUGACCAGCUCGUCAAGUUCGGCAAGAACGAGAAGACCCAAGUCACCUGUAUCUACGGAGGUGUUGGAAAGGACGAACAGCGCCACGCUCUGAAGAAGGCUGCCAUUGUGGUCGCUACUCCCGGUCGUCUGAAGGAUCUCAUGAACGAUGGUUCCAUUGAUCUCGGCAAAGUCAACUACCUUGUUCUGGAUGAGGCGGAUCGUAUGCUUGACAAGGGAUUCGAGCAGGAUAUCAAGGACAUUGUCAAGCCCAUGCCUUCCUCCCGCAGACAGACAGUCAUGUUCACUGCUACAUGGCCCCGCUCUGUUCGUGAUCUCGCGGCAACUUUCAUGAAGACCCCCGUUACUGUCACCAUCGGUGGAGACCCCUCUGCGGAUCCCCGCGCUAACCUCAGAAUCAAGCAAGAAGUCCAAGUUGUUGACCCCAGAGAGAAGGAGGGCAAGCUCAUCCAGCUCCUCGGCAAGUCCCAGCGUGGUCAAAAUCCGGAGAAGGUUCUGGUUUUCUGCCUGUACAAGAAGGAAGCCGUCAGAAUCGAGAACCUUAUCCGACACAAGGGCUUCAAGGUUGCUGGUAUCCACGGUGAUCUGGGCCAGGCAGAGCGUUUCCGUAACCUUGAUGCUUUCAAGAAGGGUAAUGCGACUGUCCUUGUCGCUACCGAUGUUGCGGCACGUGGUCUUGAUAUCCCCAACGUGAUGUUGGUCAUCAACGUUACCUUCCCUCUCACUGUUGAGGACUACGUGCACCGCAUUGGCAGAACUGGACGUGCUGGCGCGAAUGGUCAUGCCAUUACCUUCUUCACCGAAACUGACAAGGGACUCUCAGGAGGAUUGAUCAAUGUUCUGAAGGCUGCUAAGCAGGACGUGCCAGAGUCUUUGAUGAAGUUCGGCACCACUGUUAAGAAGAAGCAGCACGACACCUACGGUGCCUUCUUCAAGGACGUUGACAUGAACGCCAAGUCCACCAAGAUCACGUUCGACGAUUAA